UCCCCUGACGUAUGUGAGUGUUGGAGGUAAACGUCCCUCGUGCUGGCAUCAGUGGGCGGGGUGGAAGCUCUUUACUCUCCUGACUCCCUGCUGCUUUGUCCAUUCUGCUUCAUGUCAGUUCUGUUCCUCCUGAGUUCAGGACCUACAAGUGCAUACCCUGCAGUUCUAAUAGCUUUUCUCUGAACACUACAGAGGAGUGGCUAUUUUCCAUUUGUUUGUAUUGCACUUCAAGAAAUAAUAUGCCAUUGUCACGUUCCCUGUCCAUUACAUCCCUGAGUGGGCUGUUACCAGCCUGGGAGGACGAUGAGCUGCCCAUGGAAGACCUGAUGCUUUUUGAAGUGGCAUGGGAGGUCACCAACAAAGUUGGAGGAAUUUACACUGUCAUCCAGUCUAAAGCUAAGGUCACAGUGGAUGAAUGGGGAGAGAACUAUUACAUGAUGGGACCGUACUUUGAACACAACUUCAAGACACAAGUAGAAGGCUGUGUACCACCCAACCCAGUGAUCCAGAAGGCAAUGGAUGCUCUUAUCAACAAUGGAUGCCAGGUUCAUUUUGGUCGCUGGCUGAUUGAGGGCAGCCCUUAUGUUAUCCUGUUUGACAUCGGCACAGCAGCCUGGAAUCUGGACCGAUGGAAGGGGGACCUGUGGGAGACCUGCCACAUCGGUCUGCCAUAUCACGACCGAGAGGCUAAUGACUCUCUCAUUCUGGGCUCUUUGAUUGCCUGGUUCUUUAAAGAGCUAACAGACCACCUUGGAGACAAACCCAAUGUCAUCAGUCACUUCCAUGAGUGGCAGGCAGGUCCUGGGCUUAUUCUUUCUCGCUCCCGUAACAUUCCUAUGGCAACAGUUUUUACUACCCAUGCCACACUGCUUGGAAGAUAUCUUUGUGCUGGGAAUGUUGACUUUUACAACAACUUGGAUAAGUUCAAUAUUGACAAGGAGGCAGGAGAGAGGCAGAUCUACCAUCGGUACUGCCUGGAGCGAGCAGCGGUGCACUGCGCUCACGUCUUCACCACAGUGUCCCAGAUCACAGCAGUGGAGGCCAAACACAUGCUGCACAGGAAGCCAGAUGUGGUGACUCCAAAUGGGCUGAAUGUGAAAAAAUUCUCAGCCAUGCACGAGUUUCAGAACUUGCACGCCACUAAUAAGACUCGCAUCCAGGAGUUUGUCAGAGGACACUUUUAUGGACAUCUUGACUUCAACUUGGACAAAACCCUGUUCUUUUUCAUUGCUGGGAGAUAUGAAUUCUCCAACAAGGGAGCUGACAUUUUUCUUGAAUCGCUGUCUAGACUCAACUACUUGCUGCGGGUCCACAGAAAUGACUUGACUGUGGUGGUUUUCUUUAUAAUGCCAGCCAAAACAAACAACUUCAAUGUGGAGUCACUGAAGGGGCAGGCAGUGCGCAAACAGCUCUGGGACACGGCUCACACUGUGAAGGAGAGAUUUGGUAAAAAGCUUUAUGAAUCUUUGUUGACAGGAAACAUCCCAGACAUGAACACCAUUCUGGAUAGAGAUGACUUGACGAUUAUGAAGAGAGCUAUUUAUGCUACACAGAGGCACAGUCUUCCUCCAGUGACCACUCACAAUAUGCUGGACGACGCUGAAGAUCCAAUCCUGUUCAACGUCAGACGCAUUGGUCUCUUCAAUUCCAGAAACGACCGCGUCAAGAUCAUCUUCCAUCCUGAGUUCUUGUCCUCCACCAGCCCUCUGCUGCCAAUGGAUUAUGAGGACUUUGUUCGAGGCUGUAACCUUGGAGUUUUUCCUUCCUACUAUGAGCCGUGGGGAUACACACCAGGUGAGUGUACUGUGAUGGGCAUACCAAGUGUCACAACCAAUCUGUCAGGGUUUGGCUGUUUUAUGGAGGAGCAUGUCUCAGACCCUUCUGCCUAUGGUAUCUACAUUGUGGACCGUCGGUUCAAAUCUGCUGAGGAAUCCUGCAACCAGCUGACCCAGUUCAUGUUCAGUUUUUGUCAGCAGUCUCGACGUCAGCGCAUCAUCCAGAGGAACCGAACCGAGAGGCUGUCAGACCUGCUGGACUGGAGAUACUUAGGAAGGUUCUACACACACGCCCGUCAUCUGGCACUUAGCAGAAGUUUCCCAGACAAGUACAAGAUGGAUAACAAAGGUCCUCUAAAGACUGAGGGUUUCCGUUAUCCUCGGCCAGCUUCAGUGCCUCCGUCUCCCUCUGCCUCCCUCCAUUCCACCCCGCACCACAGUGAUGUGGAGGAUGAUGAUGAUGAUGAGCCAUACAAUGAAGAAGAGGAGGCAGAGAGGGACCGGUUGAACAUCAAGGCUCCUUUUAUGCUGGGGUCAGUGCCAGAAGGCAAGAAAAAGCAGCCAGGAGAGUCAGGGAAUUAAAAUCAAUAAUUUAAGUUCAGAAUCUUUCCUGGUUCCACUGACUGGCCAACACAUUCAAUAAACGUAGAGAUUAAAUAACAAUUAUCAUUUUACUUCUACUUUCACACAACUUUAGUUGUACCAGUCAGGAUCCAUAAAGAAAAGAUGCUGUUCAAAAUAUUUCAGGAAAUGAUUGGAUCUAACCUUUAUUUCAUAAACAUACACAAUGUCUUUGUUUUUUUAAUUAUAAAAAAUCUACAAACUUCUGAAAUUUAAACUUCUCUUUGACUCUUGCUGUUUCUCUAAACUGAUUAGUUAGCUACAUCAAAUAAACCAUCAGACCCAUUCCAUAAAUUAGAAUAUUAUUGAAAAAUCCAUUUAUUUCUGUUUCUGGUCUGCUCUGCAUCCAGAACCAAACAUGGAGAAGAGGAGCAUUCAGUUUUCAUGUUCCUCUAAUCAGGAUCAAACCUCUAGAAACACUAAGAUCCUUUAAAUCAAGACUAAAAGCCAAACGGCUCCAGGUGCUUUUGACUGAUAAAACCUGGAACUUUGAUCCAUAUAUCUGAUGUAUAUUUCAUGACAACAAUCCUUGAUUUUGAUGAUGCUAUUUGGAAAAAUAUAAUGUUUGUUGCAUAUUUGCUGUUCCCAACAUAAUUACUGCGUCGUGUUUUGAUCAUGUAAAGCAGUGGCCCCCAGGCCCUUGUCCUCAGGGCCCACAGGGGACAUGUUUCAGAUGUGUCCUUCUCCAGCACAACCGAAUCACUGCCUUUGCCUGCCUAUAGAAACCUGGUAAUCACCCAUUCAUUCAUGCCAGGUGUGCAGCAGCAGGUCACAGUCCUGUCGGGGCCCCAAAAGGUCCUCAGAGCUCUGAUGCAAACGACUUUGAUCUGCGUUGUUGUUGAAAUGUGCUACACAAAUAAACUUGACUUUUACACAUUCA